GUCAGCGCAUGCGUGGCCACCACAAUGAGCCGCUCUCACAUGAUCUACGAUGACAAGCCAAUAGAGUCAAGUCCCACAGGUACAACGAAAUGGCCUCGACCGUGGACAAACGACUGUGUUGUGAAAGGCAAAGGAGUCAUCAUCGAGGGCGUGUACAGAGAGAGAGGCCGACAUGUCAUCAUUGAUUCAACGGGACAGAAACAUCGCUUUGUUCUUCUACACAUUGAAGUACACAGAGCUCAUCGACGUCAGUUUGAUGACGCCGGAAACGAGAUCGAACCGAAUUUCGGUACGCAACACAAAGUGAAUACGGGAUAUUUGAAUUCUUCCUACAAGGUGGAGCCAAGAGGGAUAUCCGAUGUAUUGAGUUUUGAUCAGUUGGAUGAUAUAAUUAACGUUCAUCCGUUUGAUAGAGUUAAGCGUAAGGCUGCUCGGUGUGUUGUGCUGUGGGGCGAGGAGUCGACGCUUGUAGACAUGGAGUUUGAUGUGUGGGCGUCAGUCAGGGCUAAGACGCGUGGGGAUUGCGCUCUGAUUGAGAGCGUCUCUCAGUUGGAUAGUGUGGUGAAGAAGUCGGCUGCAAAUUAUGCAGGCGGAGAGACGACUGGAAAGUCGUGGACGUCAAAAGUGAUGGAAGUGAAGGGUCGGAGAGAAGAGGCGGGGCCUUUACCUGGAGAGGAAAAUGAAGGAGUGGAUGAGGAUGAGUGGGACAAUUAGAUGAUUGGUGUAAGAGGCAGCAAGUGGGAGACCCAAGGAACAACUAUGGACAUGUUAUUAUAGAGUGACAGUCACAUGGUUAUACAAUGAUCUUACUAGUUGAUAUCAAGAUAGGAUUUUAUGGUCGAUUGUACACUCUUGCCUUGCACAGAGUUAAUUUUUUAGGUUUCAUGCUAAUGAUUUUAGGUUAGUUAUUACUCAUUCAAUUGUAAAGUGCCAUUUUCUGUUUGUAUGGAA